AUGGCGGUGGCUGACGGCAUGGAGGUUGUGGCUGUGCUCUCCCAACAACGGCGACACGAAAUCGCCGCGGAGCAGCGGCAGAGGCUGAGCGACAGUGAUGUCCGGUGCUUCCCAAGCGAAGGUGUUCCAAGAGUUCUCGCUUGCUUUAGCAAUAACCUCUUGAGGCGUGAACCACUGAAACUGGUUGAUGGUGGACAAUCACAGAGAACUUUUGUUUAUAUCAAGGAUGCUAUUGAGGCUGUUCUUUUGAUGAUUGAAAACCCAGCCAGGGCUAAUGGUCACAUUUUUAAUGUGGGCAACCCCAACAAUGAAGUUACAGUGAGACAGCUUGCUGAAAUGAUGACUCAGGUUUAUGCCAAGGUGAGUGGAGAAUCAUCACUUGACACACCAACAGUUGAUGUGAGCUCAAAAGAAUUUUAUGGUGAAGGAUAUGAUGAUAGUGACAAGAGAAUUCCAGACAUGACCAUCAUCAACAGACAGCUUGGAUGGAAUCCAAAGACAUCGCUCUUUGACCUGCUGGAGUCAACCCUUACUUACCAACACAGGACGUAUGCAGAAGCAGUGAAGAAGGCAACCUCAAAACCCAUGGAAAGCUAAGCACCAUAUAUAGUGAAUGAUAAGUUGGUUUCUCUUCAAUGUGCUGCUCUACUCUGCUUAUUCAUUUUAAGGGACACGGUAUUUCGUUUCUUCUCAGAUACAAUAUAUUCUGUCUCAUAAGCCUAUAGCACACUGUUGUACUUGUAAUGAUCAUCAUCUUGUGUUGUCUAAUGUCUUUUACAAGUUUGCUUCACUAGAUAUAAACCUUGCCUCCAUUAAAUUUUGUUGUAAUCGAGGAAAAGUUUUAGAGGGGGUUCUUCUCUAAUAUGCCUUAAAGACAGUAUAUUGUUUUGUUCAAACCAUUUUAGUCUACCA